UUAUAAUUCUAAUUUCUCCACGAUCGUUUUACUCAGCAAUCUACGCCUACCGCAUCUGGCUUAUAACCCAGACGCAACUGCGACUGUUUCCUCCACACCACAACAUUCCACCCAGCCAGGUAAGACAGCACCGGGGCAACCAAAUUGCACGUUCCAAGCAUAGCCCAAACCACCUACUUCAGCCGUCGCCAACUUGUCUCUUCAUCUUCAGUCCACAAUGAAGCUCUCCGUCGGCGCCGUUCUCGCCUUCGCGGCCUGUGUGUUGGCUAAGCCCGUCUUGCUCAACUCCCAGUACGAGCUCCAGGAGAAUGUGCCCUUCACACUGAAGUGGAACAAUGCUCAAGGGCCAGUCACCAUCACUCUCAUGGCGGGCGAAGACCCUGAUAACUUAAAGAAGGUCACCGACCUCGUCUCUGGCGCGACCGGUGACUCGUACACCUUCACCCCUGAGGACCUGCCCUCGGGCACGUAUGCCUUCCGGAUUACCGAUGAGACCGGGGAAUCCAACUACAGCAAACAGUGGGAAUACACCGGCACCGGAACUCUCCCCAGCAGCACCAGCUCGGCCUCGUCUGUGAGCGCCUCUAGCACCAGCGCCUCGGUCUCGAGCACCUCUUCUACUAGUAGCACCACCAGCGAGAGCUCGAGCACUAGCACUACCUCGAGCUCGUCGAGCUCCUCUAGCACCGAGUCCUCGAGCACCUCGAGCGAGUCGACCAGCUCCAGCUCUACCUUCACCACCACCACAACUGUGGUUCCCACGACGACGCGCGCCCAGACUACUGCUGCCACGACCGCCCCAGUCAACACUAACAACGGCCAACGCUUCGCUUCGCCGCUUGCGCUCAUCCUGGUCACCGUGGCUGCCCUCAUCUUCUUUAACUAGGAAGCGAUGGGUGGUGUUUUUUUCCUUGGGCGUUGGACGGUUUCAAGUUGAUACCUUUUAUGUUGCAUUUGUCUUCUCGUACAUAUAUUGUUCUUGAAGAUACUGUAAUUGAGCGUUGCGUCUGAACUCGCAUAAUGCGGCGAGUCAGUUCACGGCAAACUCGGCCAGGAUCUUGGUACGGGCGAAUGGGAUUAGCGGGGAUGGGGCCAAUUUCAUGCAGGCACGUCGGAU